AUGGCGGCGGCUGCCGCCGCCGUCGCCGCGGCCUGCAGGAGGGCGGCGUCCUACACCCUCACCGGCCCACCGGCCGAGUUCUUCCGCGUCGCGGCCGCGGCCACCACUGUCGACAAGGCGCGGGCACCAUCAGCGGCCGCCGCCGGCGCCAGCGACAAGUACGCGCACCUGCUGCCGCCGGACGCCGGCUUCAAAACGCCGGACACCACGCCGCCGCCGGCGAAGACGCGCACGGAGAACAACUCGCCGACGUUCGCGUCCUCGGGGGACCCGUGCCUCGACUUCUUCUUCCACGUCGUCCCGGACACCCCGCCCGAGUCCGUGGCCGCGCGCCUCGCCGACGCCUGGGCCCGGGAGCCGCUCACGGCGCUCCGCCUCGCGUGCAACCUCCGCGGCGUGCGCGGCACCGGCAAGUCCGACCGCGAGGGCUUCUACGCCGCCGCGCUCUGGAUGCACGAGCGCCACCCCAGGACGCUCGCGCUCAACGCGCGCGCCGUCGCGGGGUUCGGGUACCUCAAGGACCUCCCCGAGAUCCUCCACCGGAUCAUCCACGGCGGCGUCCCCACCACGGGGCCCCGCAGCCGCACGGAGGGGUCCGAGCCCGACGGCGACGGCACGGAUGUGGAGGAGAAGGAGGACUACACCGUUGCUGCCGAGGGUGACGGCCCGAAGACGAAGGCCGAGAUCUCCGUGGAGCGCCAGAGGAGGCGCGCGGUGGCCGCGGCGCGAGCGCUCGACAGGUACAGCCGUGACCCGAACUACCGUUUCCUGCACGACUGCACGGCCGACGUGUUCGCCGACCUCCUCGCCGAGGACAUGCGGAAGCUUGCCGAUGGCAAGCUCAACGAUCUCUCGCUCGCCGCGAAAUGGUGCCCGUCGAUCGACUGCAGCUACGACCGCUCCACGCUCCUCUGCGAGGCCAUCGGGCGCCGCCUCUUCCCCAGGGGCUCCUUGCCGGAGCUCCCCGAGGACCUGGAGGACCAGUACUACGCCUACCGCGUGCGCGAGCUCCUCCGCAAGCAGGCGCUCACGCCCCUGCGCGCCGCCCUCAAGCUCCCGGAGGUCUUCAUCUCCGACCGCGCGUGGGGGGACGUGGUGUACGCGCGCGUCGCCUCCGUGGCGAUGCAGAACUACAGGGAGCUCUUCGUCCAGCACGACGCCGAGCGCUUCGAGCAGUACCUCGAGGACGUCAAGGCCGGCAAGGCGAAGAUCGCCGCCGACGCCCUGCUCCCCCACCAGAUCAUCGAGUCCAUCGACAGCGACGGCGUCGCCGACCUGCAGUGGGAGCGCAUGGUUUCCGAUCUGCGGGCGCUCGGCAAGCUCAGCAACUGUAUGGCCAUCUGCGACGUGUCCGGCAGCAUGUUCGGCCUGCCCAUGGACGUCUGCGUCGCUCUCGGCCUCCUCAUCUCCGAGCUCAGCGACGAGCCACGGCACCACCGGCUCAUCACCUUCAGCGAGCGGCCUGAGAUGCACCUGAUCACUGGCGAGACCCUCGGGGAGAAGACGAGCUUCAUCCGUGAGAUGCACUGGGACUUGAACACCGACUUCCAGGCGGUGUUCGACAACCUCCUCAGCGUCGCGGUCGCCGGCAAGCUGCCACCGGAGCGGAUGGUGAGGAGGCUGUUCGUGUUCAGCGACAUGGAGUUCGACGAGGCGUCGUCGAAUCCGUGGGAGACAGACUACGAGGCGAUCACGAGGAAGUUCACAGAGGCAGGGUACGGCGAGGCGAUCCCGGAGAUAGUGUACUGGAACCUGCGGGACUCCAAGUCCGUGCCGGUGACCGCCGGGGAGAAAGGGGUAGCGCUGGUGAGCGGCUUCUCCAAGAACACGGUGAAGAUUUUCCUCGACAACAACGGGAUCUUGUCGCCCAGGGCCAUCAUGGAGAAGGCCAUCUCCGGCCGGGAGUACCAGGAGCUCGUCAUCUUCGACUGA